CCCAGAUAUGUACAUAUGGUUCUGCACACACCUCCAGCCAGGUAUAAAACAAGCAGUAUAGAAGGUGAUCAGUACAUGCAUGUUAAGGCAAAGUUAACAGGGUACUACAAACUAUCAACCAAUCAGUCUCAGUGUGUGCACAUCAUAGUGUUUUUCAGAGUCAAAAUGGCAAAAUACAAGGUGACUGUGCACACACACAACAUCGCGACUGCCACCACGAUGAACAAUGUCUUCAUCAAGCUGAUUGGCGAAAAAGGAGAGAGUAAGCGCACGUGGCUCACUAGCUUGAAGGGAGGCUUCUAUCAAGACACAGCGUCUCGUGAAUUCGACGUGGUGUGCCCCUCCUCCCUCGGCACGCUGGUGCUGAUAGAGCUGGACAAACAGCCCCUCCCACUCUUCCCCCAGGACGCCUGGUUCCCGUCCAAGGUUGUCGUGACGAUGCCAGAGGGAGACACAUGCCAGUUCCCCAUCUACCGUUGGAUUAUGGACAAGGAGGUGCACCUGUUCAGAGAGGGCACAGCUAAAAGGCUCUGUGAUGAAACUAAUCAUCUUGCCAGGUACAGCAGGGAAAAGGAGAUGAAGACGAGAACUGAGCAGUACUGCUGGGAUACCUACAAGGAGGGUUUCCCCGGCAGCAUGAAGGCAGACAACCCUCUGGAUCUUCCCAGCGAGAUCCAAUUCUCGUUCACCAAGGCCACCCAGUUCCUCUUCACCGCCGCCACCGGGAUCACUGAGCUGAAACUGAAGGGGUAUUCUGACAGCAAGAAGAGCUGGAAAAACAUUGAUGAAAUCAGCAAAGUCUUCUGCUGCAAUAGAACUGUCAUCUCAGACUACGCACAGGAGCACUGGAAGGAAGACGAGUUUUUCGGGUACCAGUAUCUGAACGGCUGCAACCCCAUGUUGAUCCGUCGCUGCUCGGAGUUGCCGGCAAAUUUCCCCGUCACAGAAGACAUGGUCAAGCCCUCUCUUCGUGGAUCGUCCAGCCUCCUAAGGGAAUUGCAGAGCGGCAACAUAUUCCUGCUUGACUACAAGAACCUGGAUGGAUUAAAGGCAAACGUGAUCCAUACGAAAAAACAGUACAUGGCGGCCCCUCUGGUUCUGCUCUACAGAACCCCUGAUGACAAGCUGGUUCCCAUCGCCAUCCAGCUGAAGCAGGAGCCUGGAGAAGACAACCCCAUCUUCCUUCCUACUGACUCUGAGUAUGACUGGCUCCUGGCCAAGAUCUUUGUGAGGAGCGCUGACUUUCAAGAGCACCAGCUCAACGUCCACCUGCUGCGCACUCACCUCCUGGCUGAGGUGUUCGCUGUAGCACUGCUGCGCAACAUGCCCAUGGUGCACCCCCUCUACAAGCUUCUGAUUCCACACACCCGCUACACCCUCCAGAUCAACCUCUUGGCCCGGGCAUUUCUAAUAGCUGAUGAAGGAGUUUUCACUCAGUUUGCUGCUUCGGGCGGAGAGGCGAUGAAUGAGAUCCUGAGGAGAUCUGUGGCCUCAUUGACCUACAGCUCCCUCUGUAUGCCGGAAGACAUCACUGCACGAGGUCUGGAGUCAGUCCCCAACAACUACUACAGGGAUGAUGGACUCAAGCUGUGGGACAUCAUCCACAGGUUUGUAGAGGGAGUGAUUGGUUUCUAUUACAAGAGUGAUUCAGAGGUCCAGGAAGACCAGGAAGUACAGAACUGGAUCAAGGAUAUCUUUGACCAUGGCUUCCUGGCCCAAGAAUGCACAGGAAUCCCUCAGUCUUUCUCUACUGUGCCAGAGGUCGUCAAGUUCGUCACCAUGGUGAUCUUUACCUGCUCAGGCCAGCAUUCUGCUGUCAACUCUGGACAGUAUGACUAUGGUGGCUGGAUGCCCAACACCCCCAUCUCCCUGCAACAGCCACCUCCCACCACUAAGGGGCAGUCUACUGAGAGCACCAUGCUGGAGACCUUCCCAGAUGUUGGCACAACAGCACAGGGCAUGUCCACUAUGUGGCUCCUUAGCAAGCAAUCCACUGACUUUUUGGCUCUUGGCCAGUACCCAGAGGAGCACUUCAACGAGGUACCACCCUGCAGGAUGAUUCAGAAAUUCCAGAUGGAGCUGAAGGUCUUCAGCGAGUCCGUCAAGGCCAGGAACUCUGGACUACCAAUUCCAUACACCUACAUGGACCCUGCUUUGGUGGAGAACAGCGUGGCCAUUUAGAUAAGCCAAAGUCCUAGACCAGGGUCCAGUUCAUUAGGCACUAAUUGGAAGAAAACUGAGGAACUACCUUAUUUUUGUUGUCCUUUGUUUAGCGCUUAAAAACAUUUCGCAUUGCGUGCCCUGAUGACCACGACCCAAUGAUUCUGGAGGCAUGCAAUUGUAAACAUUCUAAAAUCUACAAAAUGUAUUGAGUAUGUCAAUUUUUGGAGCUUUGCUAAACUAAUGUCCCACUUCAAUCAGAUAAAGGGAAAUCACACUGUGGGUUCAGACAGAAUGUUAUCGCUGUAUCAGAAGUGUUAACUGUUAAACCGCCACAUGGUGUCCCUCUCACAGACUAAGAACACUUGUUGAUGUUAUUAUUACAUUUGUACGUGUUAAUGGAUGUUAAGAAAUACAGGGUCUUUCUGACGGAUUCGUUUCUGGUGCCAUAUAACUAUGGACUACAGGGACUCCUGGUGAAAAUGAGCUCUCCUGCUAAAUGAUAUGACACUGAAAUGUUGAUUAAUAGUAAAGAAGUGUCAGAAUAAUAUGAGAGAACAAUAGAUGUGACUCUCAUUUACACUUAAAAGCUAAUCAUUUUCUAUCUCCAGUCUUCUUGUGAUAUUUGCCACGUCUCAUUUUGGUUGAAGCCCUGUCUACCUCAUGUAUUAAUUAAAAAUAAAUGUAUAAAAUGAUAAAGGUAAUCUCUAAUUUCCUGCUUGUUUUAAGUCACCUUUAUCAUUCUGACCCGAACCAAACUGGUUCCAACAAUGUAACCAGGCCAUCUCAGUACAGGCUGGCUCAGUUCGGCCCAGUACACAGCAAAAGUGUUGGGUCCCUAACACCAUGGGUGUUUCAAAUUCUGACAUAAAUGAUCACUAUGUUAGUGCUGAUGCUGUUACACUUACUCAGUGUUAGGGAAUGACAUGUAGUGUUACAGUAUUCGUUUUUUGUUUGUUUUAACACUGUAGGUUAAACCUGCCUGACCAAGGCCCUUCUCCCCCGAUUGCUCAGUUUGGCUUUGCGGCCUACUCGAGGAAGAGUCUAGGUGGUUCCAAACUUCUUCCAUUUAAGAAUGAUGAGGCCACUGUGUUCUUGGGGACCUUCAAUGCGAUCUGUCUCGGAGCUCAAUUCCUUCGACCUCAUGGCUUGGUUUUUGCUCUGACAUGCACUGUCAACUGUGGGACCUUUAUAUAGACAUGUGUCUUUCCAAAUAAUUUUCAAUCAAUUGAAUUGACCACAAGUGGACUCUGGUCAAGUUGUAGAAAUCUCAAGGAUUAUCAAUGGAAACAGGAUGCACCCGAGCUCAAUUUCGAGCCUCAUAGCAAACCUGUUUUAGCUUUGUCACUAUGGGAAAUUGUGUCUAUAUUCAUGCGGAUGUUGUUUUUUUAAAAUACAUUUUUGAAUAAGGCUGUAACGUAACAGAAUGUGGAUAAAGUCAAAGGGUCUGAAUACUUCCAAAUGCACUGUAUAUACAGAUGUUCCAGAAAGAGAUGCAUGAGGUGACAGCCAGCUAAAAAAAACAGGUGCUUGAUAUUUGAUUGAGAUAAGAAAUGUAUUCCUGCACAGUCAUGUUUGUGAAGGCAGCAUGUCCCUCAACAUCUUAUCAAGGAAGUAAUAUUUGUUUUAGGGUUGUAACAAUAUAUUCCUCACCAAGACCCAUAAUCAGACCCAUGUUAUUCGUAAAUUAGCAAAGUCUAAUACAUUCCAUAAGGUAAUUAGCAAUGUGCAAAAAAGUAUUAGGCUAUGAGUUAUAGUUGACUAGCAAAAAUAACAUUGUAAAAGGAAUUCCAUUAUACAACACAAAAGCAUAGGUUUACAUUAAUUAUAAUUUCUGAGAGGGAGAGACUUCCCUUAACUUCCUUCUU